AUGGUUAAAGGAAGAACCAAGGAAGAAGAUGCUGCAGACGCAGGGCUUCCCAUGACACAGGUCCAGUCCCCAAGGGGUACAACCACGGAUCCCCCACAAGCCAGGGAGUCCUGGGGCAGACAUCUGGACUAUAUGCUCACAAUGGUAGGAUACAGCGUGGGGCUGGGAAAUCUGCUGCGGUUUCCCUACAUCUGCAACAGGAACGGUGGAGGGGCUUUUGUGAUCCCAUACAUCUUUUGUGUUCUCAUUACUGGGUUUCCAAUGAUGUUCCUCGAGUCAUCAAUGUCACAGUUCUCGCGAAAGGCUGUCUUGCAUGUGUGGAGUUUUUGUCCAAUGUUUAAAGGAAUUGGUAUUGCAAGUGUGGCAAUUACGUUCGUCUACAGCACCUUUUACACUCUGUAUCUGGCCUGGCCCAUCUACUACUUGGUGAAGUCCUGCUCCAGCGUCCUGCCCUGGACAACUUGCGGCAACGUCUGGAACACCGACCUGUGUGUGGAAGACGUGAAUACAAUCUACGACAGUAACAUUACAGUUGGUGGAGUGAAUUCAACAAAUACAAUCUUUGCUGUCGAUCGCUGGGAAAAUGUAACCCUGGCUCACACACCUUUCGAGGAAUUCUGGCAGUACAACGUCUUGAACGUCUCUACCGGCCUGGAGGACGUUGGGUCUGUACAGUGGGAAAUAGUCGGAUGCCUGCUCGCCGCAAUAACUAUCAUAUUUGUCUGUAUCGUCCGUGGUAUCAAAUCUGCUGGGAAGGUGGUGUAUGUGACCGCACUACUGCCGUACUUCCUGCUCAUCGCCAUCUUCAUUGCGACGCUGCUGCAGCCGGGAGCCUCAGACGGCCUCCUGUACUACGUCGUUCCGGAUUUCCCCAAACUACUGGAAAUACAGGUGGUAUUCUCGGCUGGUGUGGGUGGAGGCAUGUCUGCAGGUGUUCUACUCGCUGGGCCCUGGCUGGGGAAUGAUUGGCACGGCUGCAAGCUACAAACAAUUCAAUCGACCAUGUCUCAAUUUGUGCAGACGAAGCAGGACAACUGGGAAGAAGCAGAGACUGCUUUCUGUUGGCGUGCUCGUUUCUCUGCUGCCUGCUGGGUUCUCUCCUCCUCUGCUUGUCUGAUUCCACUCUGCACCAUUUGA